ACGCCCUCAGAGCCCUCAGCCAAACUCACAGAGUCCUGUCACACCGACAGAACAGGUCACUAAAUGUUUAUUUGUUCUCGUUUUUUGUGUCUCCCUUGAUUAAGUUAAAGAGAGAUUAGUUUUGGGACAGCGGACGCCUCUUCAAGACAUUUCAAGCAUGACUGUGGAUAAUAACGGAUCUUGAAGUGUCAAACUGCGCCUCAAACUUCCAGAAACGACAGACACCAGCUCUCACAGGCCCACGGCUGCAGAAAUCUCCUCGUCCAUCAUGAAGACUGCAGGGGAGCCGGACAGACGGAGACAGAGGAGACAGGUCAGGACGGGACGGUUUUCAUGUGCUUGGUGGUCUACAUCAGUGAUGCUCUUCUUCUCUCUGCCUGAGGGGAACUGCAUGAAGGAAAGUUUGCCAAGAGUUAAACUCGGCUACAAAGAUCUGAUACAUUCUCGAAGUGUAGUACCAUUUACGGGUUCCAGCGAAGGGCAGCAUUUUCAGACAGUGUUAUUGGAUGAGGAGAGAAGCCGAUUACUGCUGGGAGCCAAAGACCACGUCUACCUACUGGACCCAGACAACAUCAAUAAACACCCCAAAAAGUUGAGCUGGCCUGCUUCGAGAGACAGGGUGGAAAUGUGUAUACUGGCUGGUAAAAACCCUCUUACUGAAUGUGCAAAUUUCAUACGAGUUUUGCACAGCUAUAACCGGACCCAUGUUUACGCCUGUGGCACUGGAGCCUUCCAUCCUACAUGUGCCUUCUUAGAAAUUAAAGGUCACAAAGAGGACCGCUGGCUGCAGCUUCACAGCAACACUAUGGAAUCUGGCCGAAUGAAAUGUCCUUUUGAUCCUAAUCAGCCUUUUGCUUCAGUGCUCACAGAUCAGUAUCUGUACGCUGGCACGGCGUCUGAUUUCCUGGGCAAGGACAGCACGUUUACCCGCUCUCUCGGCCCACCUCCACACCAGCAGUACAUUCGCACAGACAUCUCAGAAGACUACUGGAUCAACGAGGGCAAGUUCAUUUCUGCCCAUCCCAUCUCAGACACCUACAAUCCUGACGAUGACAAGAUUUACUUCUUUUUCCGUGAGGCUUCUCGUGAUGGGAGCACUACAGACAAGAGCGUGCUGUCUCGUGUCGCCCGGAUCUGCAGGAACGAUGUUGGAGGUUUGAGAAGUCUUACUAACAAGUGGACAACAUUUCUCAAAGCGAGACUCGUGUGCUCCAUUCCUGGACCAGAUGGAGUGGACACACACUUUGAUGAGCUCCAGGACAUCUUUCUUCUCCCUAGCAGAGAUGAGAAAAACCCUAUGGUGUAUGGAGUGUUCACCACUACCAGUUCCAUCUUUAAAGGAUCAGCAGUGUGCGUCUAUACAAUGGAAGACAUCCGUGCAGCGUUUAAUGGACCGUAUGCUCAUAAAGAGGGACCAGAUCAUCGCUGGGUGGAAUAUGAAGGCAGAAUUCCCUACCCACGUCCAGGCACUUGCCCCAGUCGGACAUAUGAUCCUCAUAUAAAAACAACGAAAGACUUUCCAGAUGAAGUCAUCAGUUUUAUACGAUUGCACCCACUCAUGUACCAGUCUGUGCACCCAAUGACAGGCCGACCAAUUUUCACUCGUAUCAAUACUGAGUACCGGCUUACUCAGAUCAUAGUGGACCGCGUGGCAGCUGAGGAUGGACAGUAUGCUGUUAUGUUCUUGGGCACAGAUAUGGGAUCCGUAUUGAAGGUAGUCAGCAUCACUCAAGAAAACUGGUCCUCAGAAGAGAUCAUCUUAGAGGAGCUUCAGGUGUUCAAGAAUCCUUCACCCAUCCUCAACAUGGAAGUCUCUUCAAAGCAGCAGCAGCUGUUUGUCGGAGGAAGCGACGGGUUGGUGCAGGUGUCACUGCACAGGUGCCAUAUUUAUGGACAGGGCUGUGCUGAAUGCUGUCUAGCAAGAGACCCCUACUGCGCUUGGGACGGCACCCAGUGCUCCAGAUACAUCCCAGCUUCCAAAAGAAGGGCCAGAAGGCAGGACAUCAAACAUGGAGACCCAUCCAGCCAUUGUUGGGACACAGAGGAUGUGUUAGGGAGGAAUGUCGAGGAGAAGGUGUUGUACGGAGUGGAGAGUAACUCCUCUUUUCUUGAGUGCGUUUCGAAAUCCCAGCAGGCCUUGAUCCGCUGGUUUGUACUGAAGCCAGGAGUGGACCACCGUCAAGAGAUUAAACCAGACGAGCGUGUGCUGAUAACCGAUCGAGGUUUGCUGAUUCGCUGGCUCCAACGUGGCGAUGCGGGGUCCUACUUUUGCACGUCUCAGGAGCACAGAUUCACCCGAACCCUCCUCCACGUCUCUCUCCACAUUCUGGACCGCGGACAAAUCAAUGCACAUCAACCUGCUAUACGGGAAUCAUCUGAAAACCCUGCCGUGACUGAACCCCGCCAGCGCUAUAAGGAUUAUUUGCGCAUGUUGAGCGGCCCUGCACGAUCUCUGGAUGAGUACUGUGAAACCAUGUGGCAUAGGGAGAAGAAGCAGAAGCAGAAGGGCAAAUGGAAACACGUUCAAGAGCUCCGCAAAAGCAGAAACCGACGCCACCACUAGAGGUGCUAGUGGUAGAUGUGAGGUUUGAAGGGUGAUCCACUGAAUGUGGAUUAAACAAACUGUAAACCAAAUAUAAAGACUUUAGAAAUUAACCAUCUCAUUAGCAUCUCAUUUUUAGGAGUCCCUCUAAAGUGACCAACUGAUUCUUUGUCAUUUAAAAACAAACUAAACAUUAAGUCAUCUUAAUUGAUUUUAAAGAUGCAUCGUAAUCUUUUGGUUUUGGUAAUGCCCACUUGUGCAAAAUAUGGUAC